GGAGGCGAUUAGCCCUGUUAGGUGGGCGGUGGAGCCCGCGAGCGCGCGGGCGAGACCAUGGCGGGCAGCAGCACCGGGGGCGGUGGUGUCGGGGAGACGAAGGUGAUUUACCACCUGGAUGAAGAGGAGACUCCUUACCUGGUGAAGAUCCCCGUCCCCGCCGAGCGCAUCACCCUCGGCGAUUUCAAGAGCGUUCUGCAGCGGCCCGCAGGCGCUAAGUACUUUUUCAAGUCUAUGGAUCAGGAUUUCGGGGUGGUGAAGGAAGAAAUUUCAGAUGACAAUGCCCGCCUCCCCUGCUUCAAUGGAAGGGUGGUAUCCUGGCUAGUGUCAUCAGAUAACCCCCAGCCUGAGGUGGCUCCCCCAGCCCAUGAGCCUCGGACGGAACUGGCACCUCCACCCCCACCAUUACCCCCUUUGCCACCGGAGAGGACCAGUGGCAUUGGGGACUCAAGGCCUCCCUCCUUCCACCCUAAUGUGUCCAGCAGCCAUGAAAAUCUGGAGCCUGAGACAGAAACCGAGUCAGUAGUGUCCCUGAGGCGGGAGCGGCCUCGCAGGAGAGAUAGCACUGGGGGCCACAGACCCAGUGGCCCCUCAAGGCUGGAGCGCCACCUGGCUGGGUACGAGAGCUCCUCUACUCUCAUGACCAGUGAGCUGGAGAGUACCAGCCUGGGGGACUCAGAUGAAGACGAUGCCAUGAGCAGGUUCAGCAGCUCCACAGAGCAGAGCAGCGCCUCCCGACUCCUCAAGCGCCACCGGCGGCGGAGGAAACAGCGGCCACCCCGCCUGGAGAGGACCUCAUCCUUCAGCAGCGUCACGGAUUCCACAAUGUCUCUCAACAUCAUCACAGUCACACUCAACAUGGAGAAGUACAACUUCCUGGGCAUCUCCAUUGUGGGCCAAAGCAAUGAGCGGGGAGAUGGAGGCAUCUACAUUGGUUCCAUUAUGAAGGGUGGUGCCGUGGCAGCUGACGGGCGCAUCGAGCCAGGGGACAUGCUUUUGCAGGUGAAUGACAUGAACUUUGAGAACAUGAGCAAUGAUGAUGCUGUGCGGGUGCUGAGGGACAUUGUGCACAAGCCUGGCCCCAUUGUGCUGACUGUGGCCAAGUGCUGGGAUCCCUCUCCCCAGGCCUAUUUCACCCUCCCCCGAAAUGAGCCCAUCCAGCCAAUUGACCCUGCUGCCUGGGUGUCACACUCUGCUGCGCUGACUGGCACCUUCCCAGCCUAUCCAGGCUCCUCGUCCAUGAGCACCAUUACAUCUGGAUCCUCUCUGCCUGAUGGCUGUGAGAGCCGUGGUCUCUCCAUCCAUACUGACAUGGCAUCUGUGACCAAGGCCAUGGCAGCUCCAGAGUCUGGGCUGGAAGUCCGGGACCGCAUGUGGCUUAAGAUCACCAUCCCUAAUGCCUUUCUGGGCUCAGACGUGGUUGACUGGCUCUACCAUCACGUGGAGGGCUUUCCUGAGCGGCGGGAAGCCCGGAAGUAUGCCAGCGGGCUGCUAAAGGCAGGCUUGAUCCGACACACUGUGAACAAGAUCACCUUCUCUGAACAGUGCUAUUAUGUCUUUGGAGACCUCAGUGGCGGCUGUGAGAGCUACCUAGUCAACCUGUCCUUGAAUGACAACGAUGGCUCCAGUGGGGCUUCAGACCAGGACACCCUGGCUCCACUGCCUGGGGCCACCCCUUGGCCCCUGCUGCCUACCUUCUCCUACCAAUACCCAGCCCCACAUCCCUACAGCCCCCAGCCCCCACCCUACCAUGAGCUUUCAUCCUAUACCUACGGCGGGGGCAGUGCCAGCAGCCAGCACAGUGAGGGGAGCCGGAGCAGUGGGUCAACACGAAGCGAUGGGGGGGCAGGGCGUACAGGGAGGCCUGAGGAGCGGGCCCCUGAGUCCAAGUCUGGCAGUGGCAGUGAGUCUGAGCCCUCCAGUCGAGGGGGCAGCCUUCGGCGGGGCGGGGAACCUGGUGGGAUUGGCGAAGGGGGCCCUCCACCAUCCAGGGGCACAACAGGGGGUGCUCCCAAUCUCCGAGCCCAUCCAGGACUCCAUCCCUAUGGACCACCCCCUGGCAUGGCCCUUCCCUAUAACCCCAUGAUGGUGGUCAUGAUGCCCCCACCCCCACCCCCUGUCCCUCCAGCAGUGCAGCCCCCAGGGGCCCCUCCAGUCAGAGACCUGGGCUCAGUGCCCCCAGAACUGACAGCCAGCCGCCAAAGCUUCCACAUGGCCAUGGGCAACCCGAGUGAGUUCUUUGUAGAUGUAAUGUAGAGCCCAUUGUGGGGCCAUGUUGGCUGUCCAUCCUUGGCCUGUCCAGUCCUGUGUUGGUGCUCCUGUCCUGUGACUGGUUGGCUCAUCAGUCAUGUGCUCAUUACUCCUCAUGGUGCCCAGGCUCAGCCUGUCUGCUGCUGCCUGCUGUGAGGUUGUUGCCACUGUGACUUUCACCAGCAGUGCCUGUUCCUCCCGCUUCCAUUAGUGGGGUAGACAAGGGACCUUUGAAUAUUUUUAGCUUUAUUUUUUUUUUAUAAGCUUUUAUGGGGUUAAAAUAGACUUUCUUACUUUUUGGGACUAUUUUUUUAAUAGACAUUUUCUCUUUUGUAUGAAGAAUCCCCAUUUCCUGGGCCCUUUCUUCCAGCCCCAGAAUGUGACCUCCUCUUCUAGUCACCCAGUCAGCUCUGCCCUGUGCAGGGUGGGGGGUGGUCAGUGGUACCCUGGAAGGAGGAAAGGGGUUGGGCACUCUAGACAGCAGUGCAAGGAAGCUGGGGUAUUUGGCAUUUGGAGGCCAUGUAGCUGCCUUUGUUACUCUAUUUAUUUUAGUUACUUGUAUAAAACACCAAAUAAAGCAAUAGAGGCAAAUUC